UACACACACACACACACACACACAAACUCACCCCCUCAACGCAUGCAUUCUCGUUAGACCCUCUUCCUCUUCUUCCGUCUUUUCCGCUUUUCCGGCCGUGCCACCAUGCCGAACCUCGACGUCAGCGAGCUCAACAUUGUCAUCGCCGUUCUCGGCGCUUUCAUUGUUUGCUAUGGGUUCAUUUCUGUCAAGAUCAAGCAGGUGUGGUAUCUUGGUGAGGCAUUGCCCGCCGUCAUGGUCGGUAUCAUUCUGGGCCCGAUAGCUGCGAGGUUUCUCGAUGCAGAGAAAUGGGGUUCUGCUGCUCAGGGGCAGCAAGAGGCCAUCACACUGGGUCUCUGCCGCAUUGUCAUCGGUGUCCAACUAGUCAUCGCGGGCUUUCAGCUUCCCGCCAAGUAUCAGCAGACCCGAUGGAAGGAGAUGGCAAUUUGUCUUCUUCCCGUCAUGACCGUCAUGUGGAUCUGCACAAGUCUGUGCAUUUUGGUCACUGUUCCUAAGCUGUCAUUCCUGGCUGCGCUCGUCAUUGGAUCAUGCGUCACCUGCACGGAUCCCAUUUUGUCUCAGGCCGUCGCCAAGGGUCCCUUUGCCGACAAAUUCGUCCCUCGUGCGCUGCGAGAGAUCAUCUCAUCCGAAGCAGGUGCCAACGAUGGUUUUGGCUUCCCCUUCCUUCUGCUAGCCACUUACCUGAUCCGCCAUGCUGACCUCGAAGGCGUCAAGUUCAAGGAGGGCUUUACCGAGGGCGCCAAGGAGAUUGCCUAUCGCGCAGUGCACAUGCUCUCCAAGCGUGAGGAAGGCGUUGGCCGUCUUGGAGGAGGCGUCCCCACGGCCAUGGAGCAGUGGAUCGUCGAGGGAUGGCUGUACAUCAUCGUCAUGUCGAUUGUCAUUGGUGCGCUGCUUGGCGCCGUCAGCAUGCUCGCCAUCAGGUUCGGCCUUCGCAAGAAGUGGAUUGACUCGGAGAGUCUUCUGCUCUGGCCCAUGGCGCUUGGUCUCUUCAUCAUUGGCGUCUGCGGUAUUCUCGGCACUGACGAUCUCCUUGCUUGCUUUGUCGCGGGUAACGUUAUGAACUGGGACGGCCUCUACCUCGAGGAGACUGAGAAGCGCCACGAUGAAGUCAACAGCUGUUUCGACGUCAUCCUCAACUUUGGUGGCUUCAUGUACAUUGGUACCAUUAUCCCCUGGGGAGAGUUCCAGCUUCCCGAUGUUACUGGCAUCACUGUUGGCAGGCUCCUGAUCCUCGGCUUCCUUGUUCUUAUCUUCCGCCGCAUCCCCGCCAUCUUCAUGAUGUACAAGAUUAUGCCCGAUGUAUGCAAGGACUGGAAGGAGGCGCUGUUCAUGGGCUACUUUGGACCCAUUGGUAUCGGAGCCGUCUUCUAUGUUGAGCACACUCGUCACCUGUUCCCCAAGCCUGGCGAAGCCAGCACUGAAGAGGAAGAGAACCUUGUGGCAGCCAUGAUCCCGGUCGUCUACUUCCUCGUCAUCUUCUCCAUUGUGGUUCACGGACUCUCCAUCCCCGCCCUCGAUGCCUUUUACGCUUACAAGAAGAUCCCACCCAUCUCGGAGUCAGAGCCGGCCGAGAUUCGCUCGCUCUCGGUGCAUGAGGCGCUGCCCAACAACGCGCGCAUGGACUCGAAGCGCAACUCUGUCUUUGUGCACAACCGUUUCUCAAGGCCCGUGUCUACGAGCGUCGGACCGGAGCUAUACCGAUGGAACAACCAGGUGCGCGACAGCGAUGCCACGUUCCGGUCAGCAUCGCAACCGACGGAUAUUGACUACGCGUCCAAGCUCCAAAGCAUUCGAUUUGCCGAGGACUAUGCACACGAAAAGGCCAACCUGGGUCGUUAAGACGAUCACUUGCCCCGAGAGCGGAGGGGUACGUGUGUGUACGUGUGUAUGUGUGUGUGGGGAGGACGGAUGAUUGGCCCAGGCCCAUAUUCGGUUGGGUGCUGUGUCUGUGGAAGGAGGCCCAGGGGCUCGUUUCACGGCAUUGCGCGCAGGGGCGUCGAAUGGGCAUAUCCAUUCCUUUUUGUAGAGGUGUAUGAUUAGCACGGAUGCAUGGGCUUUCUUUCUUUGUCAUGCCCAUGUCCAUCAUUACCAUCAUAGUGGUCACUAUGGAUUACGCGUUAUGUCACUCGUUUUAGACG